GGAGGCGCCGAGGAGCCGGGCGAUGGUGGGGAUCCCGGGAGGCUGCCAGUUUGCUGGUGAGAAGAGGGUGCCAGUGAUGCCCGGAUCGCCUGUGGAAGUGAAGAUACAGUCCAGGUCCUCUCCUCCCAACAUGCCACCAUUGCCUCCUGUGAACCCUGGUGGCCCCCGGCCGGUGUCCUUCACCCCAACUGCACUGCCCAACGGAAUAAACCACUCCCCCCCGACACUGAACGGGGCACCAUCCCCACCCCAGCGCUUCAGCAACGGCCCUUCCUCCUCCUCCUCCUCCUCGCUGACCAACCAGCAGCUCCCAGCCACCUGUGGUGCCAGGCAGCUCAGCAAGCUGAAGCGUUUCCUCACCACCCUGCAGCAGUUCGGCAACGACAUCUCGCCAGAGAUCGGGGAGAAGGUCCGGACCCUGGUCCUGGCGCUGGUGAACUCGACGGUGACAAUCGAGGAGUUUCACUGCAAGCUGCAAGAGGCGACGAACUUUCCCCUCCGACCGUUUGUGAUCCCCUUUCUGAAGGCCAACCUGCCCCUGCUGCAGAGGGAGCUCCUGCACUGUGCCCGGGCUGCCAAGCAGACACCCUCCCAGUACCUGGCACAGCAUGAGCACAUCCUGCUGAACACCAACACCACCUCCCCUGCAGACUCUUCUGAGCUCCUCAUCGAGGUCAAUGGCAAUGGGAAGAGGCACAGUCCAGACAGAAGAGAUGACAGCAGCUUUGAGAGGGAGUCUCUGCCGACGGAGCCUCCAGCCAAGAGAGUGUGCACCAUCAGCCCCGCGCCCCGGCACAGCCCGGCCCUGACAAUCCCCCUGAUGAACCCCGGGGGGCAGUUCCACCCCACCCCACCACCUCUCCAGCACUACACCUUGGAAGAUAUCGCCACCUCCCACCUCUACAGGGACCCCAGCAAGAUGUUGGAGCACAGAGAAAUUCGGGACCGGCACGGCAGUCUCGGCUUGAAUGGGGGGUACCAGGACGAGCUGGUGGACCAUCGCCUGACGGAGAGAGAGUGGGCUGACGAGUGGAAGCACCUCGAUCACGCGCUGAACUGCAUCAUGGAGAUGGUGGAGAAGACCCGGCGCUCCAUGGCGGUGCUGCGGCGCUGCCAGGAGGCGGAUCGGGAGGAGCUGAACUACUGGAAGCGGCGCUGCAGCGAGGCCGAGCCGCGCAAGGCGGGCAGCGAGCUGGGCUCCCGGCACAGCCCUGGCUCCUCUGACCCCGAUUCCUUGCGGGAAUUCAGCAGCAGGUCGGGAACAGGCUACGUCACUGAGGAGAUAUGGAAAAAAGCAGAAGAAGCUGUGAACGAGGUGAAGCGCCAGGCCAUGUCGGAGGUGCAGAAGGCAGUGGCAGAGGCUGAGCAGAAGGCUUUUGAGAUGAUUGCCUCCGAGAGGGCGCGGAUGGAGCAGACCAUCGCGGACGCCAAGCGCCAGGCCACCGAGGAUGCUUUCUUAGUGAUAAACGAACAGGAGGAGUCUACAGAGAGCUGCUGGAACUGCGGUCGCAAAGCCAGCGAGACGUGCAGCGGCUGCAACAUCGCCCGCUACUGCGGCUCCUUCUGCCAGCACAAGGACUGGGAGAGGCACCACAGGAUCUGUGGCCAGGGCCUGCACGGCCAGAACAAGCCCCUGGCUCUGCCCUCGGGCCGCUCGGCCACCAAGAGCCUCGAUGGUGUGUCCAGCCCUGCCCUGGAGAAGACUUCGGCCACCACCUCCCGCUCCUCCACCCCCGCCUCCGUGACAGCGAUAGAUACAAACGGACUCUGAAGGGAGAAGGUUUGUGGGUCAGUCCAUUUUGAUUAGUUUCCCUGGUUUUGGUUGUUUGGUUUUUGUUGGGUUUUUUUUUUAAGCUGAAAAAAAAGAAAAAAAGCCCCACAGCAACUUGUAUCACUUGACACGUCUGGCACACGCGCCUCCUCCCGGCGCCAACACUCGGGCUUUGCCAUCUCAUUCUGCCUUUUUUAUUGUGGCUUGUGAAGACCUGGGGCUGGCCUUGCCCGUGGUACCCAUGUGCAGGGGAACCAGAGCAUCCUUGGGACCCAGAGGAGGCCGGGCACUUCCUUGGGGGUGGGACCUGGACUCAGUGGAGAGCACUGCCAGCACACGUGGGAGAUGCUGAGCCCCGUUCUGAUGGGUCAAAUGUGCUCCAGCUCCUUUCCUGAGGUGUCUGAGCUUUCUUCCAUCAUAGGCAUCUGGUUUUCCAUGCUCCCAGACAUGCUUGGAUGGUUGUUGCUGUGAACAGACCCGAGCCAAUUUCCCAGCUGCAGCAUCUCCUCCUCUAGUGCAGUGGCAAAAGCCAAGCCCUCUUCUGCCUGCAGGUUGGCAGCUGAUGGCUGCAGAGAGGGAGGAGAGGAUCCGUCUGCCCUAAACCAAAUGUCAGUACCAGGGAAGUACAGCCAGUUGCUCCUGGAGGGCUUGGUUUUAAUCCCAUUGUGUGAUGGGACAGCCAGUUGCACGUCACCCUGGGUGGGACCUUGGCUGGGGGAAGAGACAGAGCAGAUCUGGAGUCACUGUGGGGGGUUCUUGCCCUUCCCACCUCGGUGCUGUCGCUUUGCUGUGCGGAGUGUGUUUUAUUUUCACUGCAUGGAAGGUGUUGGUUUGAGAGUCCCUGCUGUUGUGUCUGAUCACAGCAAUCCCCACGAUUGCAGCGGGUUGUUCAUGGUCUGUUCUCUCCACCUGUUGCCCAAACUGUUACAGUAGCUGCAGGACUUGCUGUCCUGUGUUGGAUCCUGCCCCCAGCUCCUGGGGGGGAUUCCAGCAGUGCUGCUCCAACACCAGCUGAGCUCCUCUCCCUGGAGCUGUGCAGCCACCACCACCUCAUCCAGCCUGCAAAGACCAUCCCAAAGGUGCAGGCUCAGAGUGAGGUCCUGUGGGGAUGGGAUGGUCAGCCUGGAAUGAUCCACUGCUCAGAGAGUCCCUGCUGUGCUGUGGCAGGAGGGAUGCAGGGCAGAGCAAACCUGAAAACCAACACCAUUUUGGGGCAGAAUGGGGCUCAGCUGGGAUGCUCCAUGGAGGUCACCAGCAGCCAGGGCUGGGCACGUGCCCUCAGGGGAGCUGCAGCCGUUCCCACCCGACGUGCCAGUGGGAUCUGGGAAACAAUCUACUCAACAAAGCUGUGUUUCUGUGACUGUUUUUGUGUGAUUGCUGGGCUGGAGCCCAAUGAAGCGAGUAAUUCCCAAAUUAUUUUUGAUCACUUUUUCAAUUGGAGGUGGAUAACAGAGAUGUGAUGGAUCAUCCCUGAGGCUGCAGCAGCGGCUCUGGCUGCCUGGGACUGCUGAGCCAGACGUCCCUUGGGGAAGGUUGUUUUGGAAGCUGCUGUCACGGGAUAGAGCAGGAUGAUUCCCAUGCCUGGGAGGUUUAAUCUGGCAAAAAAAAGCCACAACACGUCCUGGUGUUGAAGGGCAGAGGGGAGCACCCCCCCCUGAACCCCCAGGAGCCCGUGCCUGGCUGCAGCAGAGCCCUGGGCUCGGGCAGGAUGGUGCUGUGCCCUGGGGCUGCUGCAGCCCUGAGCUGGGGUGGCACUUGAGCCCCUCUGACCUGCAGGACAGGGGCCUGGGGCAGGUGUCAGCUGGCCCAGAGGAUUGUACCCCAGCAGAGCCAGGGGCAGCCCCCCCCUGCACAGCCCCUGGCAAAGGCCCCAGGAAGUGGCAAAGCUUCAAAACACUCAGUGGUGCCGGGGCUGGAGGAGGAGGAGGAGGAUGUGGAGCCAGGGGGGCUGAAGGGCUUUUCCUGCUCUUCACACCUGCGAAUUCAGAGCUGCCUCAGGUAAAUAACAUUUGGCUGUGACCUCCCAAUCCCCACUGAGGUCUUGACUGUCCACUGCGGGGGGGGGUCAGAAGUGUCCAACUGCUGCCAGGUUGGAUAGGAAAGUAAGAGCAGGGCAGGGCUGGAAGAAAUCUCUUGUAAAUAGACUUGUCUUCCAUAAUUUCAUGCAACUUUGAUGGCCGUGUACUGAAAUUAACCCCAGUGUAAAUGAAUGAAAUACUAACAGUCGUGAUUAGAACGAUUGCUUCUUCUUUGGGUUUGUUUUUUAACAUGGAAUGAUAAAUGUGAAAUUCAGCCACGGGAAGAGUUGUUGGGUUGAGGUUUCUGUUUUGGUUUUUUUGGGGUUUUUAUUUUGACAUUUAAUUCUGUAAUAGAAAUUUGUUACUUCAUUCCUGUGCAUAACUUAUUUAAUGUACUGUAUAAAGGAACUCAAACUGUUACAGAUGUAUUUAGUUUGUUCUACUCCAAAGUAGUCAAUAAAAAGACUAUAUUCAUCA